CCUCACAAUUUUGUCUUUUAUUCUAUGAUAAACUAAGCAAAUAUUUGCUGAGCAUCUUCUCUCUCCCAAAGGUUGUUUUGAAUAUUGGGGUGCAGCAGUAAUGCAAACAAUGGGGAGCACUUACAGGUUACACACAGGAAAUAAUCCAAUGCAUUCACUUAUGCUGCAUAUAAUGAAAGACACCUGGGAGAAAAAAUAUGGGGUAAGAGGUGCUUUCACAGGAGUUUUCCCAUAGUUGGAUAGUUGUAUGCCAUUUUAAGUUGCUGACCAAAUGUAGAAUAUAUAUCAUAAGCUGGGAGUAAUAUGUAGAUUUUUUUCUUUAUGAAACCCAACCAACUGGAACCACAAUUUUGGUACCUAGGAGACAUAAAAUUACAAAGAAACCCCAGAAAUAUUAACCAUGCUUUAUACUGAAAGAAUUUUAAGAACUUGCAUGGGUGUAUGUUACUAAUAUUACAAAGUGACUGAUCAGGCGAUACUGUGUUUUUUUCUCUCUCGGUUUCACCUAGAGUGUCUCCAGCACAGACUGUAUGAUUUCUAGAAGGUAAGCAGCUUGUCAGGGUUGUUUAUUCUUGCAAAUUUUAGAAUCGGCACAUUAAUAACAAUAAUUCUUUUUGUUGAACGAGGGACUGUAUAAUUAAAGUAAUGUUGUUAAGUGUUUAAACUUCUGACAACCAAAUAGACUAUAAAAAGAAUGAAAACAUGCAGCGAUCUGUUGAAGAGCAUAGUCAACGCAUGGUGGCGCUGCAGGCUAAGACUUAAAAAAAUGACGAACGCGGAAAGGGGAUUUAAAAAAAAAUUUUUUUUGAGAUCCCAGGCAAAAAAGACCUUAGGCAGAGCUCAGACCUUUAACGCUCCAGAGAAUGCUGCCAAUCUACGCUUCCAAGAAAGCUAUUAACUAACAGGUUUACCGCUAUCUGGAUGUCCUUGUACCCUGGGUGCAGAAACAAAGAUGAAGAUUGCAAGAGAACACAGGCAAAGGCAAGUUCUGUUAAUCUUUCUUUUCCUGGGAGUGGCUGGGGCGGGCUGGAAACCCCGCCGUUACUUUGUGAUGGAGGAAACACCCAGCGGCACUGUUUUGGCAAAUCUAGUCCAGGACCUAGGGCUGGGAGUUGCGGAGCUAGCUGCUCGAGGAGCCCAAGUAGUGUGUGAGGAAAAUGAAUCACGCUUGCAGCUUGAUCUACAGACUGGGAAGCUAAUCUUAAAUGAAAAACUGGACCGGGAGGAGCUGUGCGGCCCCACUGAGCCCUGUGUCAUUCAUUUCCAAGUGUUACUGAAAAAACCACUGGAAAUAUUUCAAGCUGAGCUACAAGUAGGAGACAUCAAUGAUCAUUCUCCCGAGUUUCCUGAAAGAGAAAUGACCGUGAAAAUCAUAGAGACUAGCCCUGUUGACACUGCAUUUCUACUCAAAACCGCUCAGGAUUUGGAUGUGGGAAAUAACAGCAUUCAGAACUAUAAAAUUGGUACCAAUUCUCAUUUCCAUGUUUCCAUCCGCAACCGAGGUGAUGGGAGAAAAUACCCAGAGCUCGUGCUGGACAAAGAGCUUGAUCGCGAGGAGCAGGCAGAGUUCAGAUUAACUCUGACCGCGCUGGAUGGCGGUUCUCCACCCAGGACUGGCACCUCGCAAAUCCGGAUUAUUGUCUUGGAUGUCAAUGACAAUGCCCCUGAGUUUGCACAGGCUUUCUACCGAGUGCAAAUCCUAGAGAACAGCCCCUUGGGUUCCCUGGUUGCUAAGGUCUCUGCUAAGGAUUCAGACAUUGGGACAAAUGGAGAGGUAUCAUACUCUCUUUUUCAUAGCUCUCAGAAGAUGAGCAAAACUUUUGAGCUAAAUGCUCUAUCAGGAGAAGUUCGACUAAUUAAAACACUGGACUUUGAGACAACAUCUUCAUAUGAAGUAGACAUAGAGGCAUCCGAUGGCGGGGGUCUUUCUGGAAAAUGUUCUGUUUCUAUUCAGGUGGUGGAUGUCAAUGAUAAUUACCCAGAACUAAUUAUGUCAUCCCUCACCAAUCCCAUCCCAGAAAAUUCACCAGAGACAGAGGUGGCACUGUUUUGGGUUCGAGACCGAGACUCUGGAGAAAAUGGAAAGACAGUUUGUUCCAUCCAGGAAGGUAUUCCCUUUACAUUGGAACCUUCUGUUGAGAACUUCUUUAGACUGAUGACAGACGGAGCUUUGGACAGAGAGAGCAGAGCUGAGUACAACAUCACCAUCUUCGUCUCAGACCUGGGCACACCCAGGCUCACAACCCAGCACACCAUAACAGUGCAGGUGUCUGACAUCAACGACAACGCCCCCGCCUUUACCCAAACCUCCUACACAAUGUUUGUCCGCGAGAACAACAGCCCCGCCCUGCACAUAGGCACCAUCAGCGCCACAGACUCAGACUCAGGAUCCAAUGCCCACAUCACCUACUCGCUGCUGCCUCCCCAUGACCCGCAGCUGGCCCUCACCUCACUUAUCUCCAUUAACACUGACAAUGGCCAGCUAUUCGCGCUCAGGGCAAUGGACUAUGAGGCCCUGCAGGCCUUCGAGUUCCGCGUGGGUGCCACAGAUCGAGGCUCACCUGCACUCAGCAGCCAGGCUCUGGUGCGCGUGGUGGUGCUGGACGACAAUGACAAUGCGCCCUUCGUGCUCUACCCACUGCAGAACGCCUCUGUGCCCUUCACUGAGCUACUGCCCAGGGCGGCAGAGCCUGGCUACCUGAUCACCAAGGUGGUAGCGGUGGACUCUGACUCUGGCCAGAAUGCCUGGCUGUCGUUCCAGCUGCUUAAGGCCACGGAGCCGGGACUGUUCAGUGUGUGGGCGCAUAAUGGCGAAGUGCGCACCACCAGGCUGCUGAACGAGCGCGAUGUGCCCAAGCACAAGCUGCUGCUAAUGGUCAAGGACAAUGGAGAGCCUCCGCGCUCUGCCAGCGUCAUGCUUCAAGUGCUUCUGGUGGAUGGCUUCUCCCAGCCCUACCUACCUCUGCCAGAGGUGGUGCGCGACCCCAGUGACCAGGAUGAGGAUGUGCUCACUCUGUACCUGGUUAUUGCCUUGGCUUCUGUGUCUUCUCUCUUCCUUUUGUCUGUGCUGCUGUUUGUCGGGGUGAGGCUGUGCAGGAGGGCCAGGGAGGCCACUCUGGGUGUCUGCUCUAUGGCUGAGGGACACUUUCCUGGUCACCUAGUGGAUGUCAGUGGUGUGGGGACCCUGUCCCAGAGCUACCAGUAUGAGGUGUGUCUUACAGGAGAUUCUCAGAGUAAUGAGUUCAAAUUCUUGAAGCCUGUGUUUUCUAGUAUUGUAGACCAAAACUCUGGUAGGCAACUAGGAGAUAAUCCAUCCUCCCCAAGUAUUUUAGGCAUGUGAAACAACACAUUUCAUUCUUUGUAUACUUCUGUUGCUUUUGCGUUCUCAUUUUCUUUUCGAAACUGGUAGUAAUGUUCACUUCUUUUGUUUUUCAUUUUCUCUACUAGUUUAUAUAGUAUUUUUGUUUGUUUAUUGGCUUUAUUAAGUAUUUUUUCCAAAUUUGUUGUUACUGAACAUUUUACAUCAGGACACUUCAUGUUCCUGAUUGAAUUUGCAGUAGUCUCUCCUAAAGAAUGUGUAUUUUCUGUAAUGAAUAAAAUUCUAAUUAUAAAAGUA